AUGUCACCUACAGAGGAUAAUAGUAAUAAUAAGAAGAAAAACCUAGCGGGGAAUUAUUCCAUACCUGAUGCGUUGAAUGCAGAACUUCAGAAAGAAUUCACCAAGGAUGUUUCUACACCAAUGGAUAAAUUGAAAGAUGAUAUAUUAAAUCAGAAUAGUUAUAAUAAACUAAGGUUUCAAAGAGCAGUCAAUUUAAACUUGGAUGAUCAAAAAUCAUAUAAACAAAUCAUGAAUGAAAGGAAUUUAGAACGUGAAGAAGUUCGAGUAGACAAGUUGAUCAAAGAAAACCAAGAAAUACCGCAGAUUGGUGAAAGUGAAUCAAGGAAAAGAAAGAAAAGAUGGGAUAUUACUCCAGAAGAAUACAACAAACAAAAAGAACAAAGAUUAGUUACUGGAUCUACCUCAAAGUUAAUUGAAGAAUUGGCUAGAGAAAGAUUACCUGUAGUCAAUGGGAUACCAUUAACUGAUGAGAUUUUGGACAAGAUAUUACCACUGGGGUAUAGUAAAGUUAGACAACCUCCAAGUUUCAAACAAAACGACGAUACUAUCCCUCCAGAUGUAAUAGAAUCAAAUAGUUCUGAAUAUUAUGUUAUCCCUUCAAAUGAAUCCAUUGGAGUUUUACAAUCAGGUCUCCCCACAGAAAUGUCUGGAAUUAAAGGAUUGGAUUUUUUCAAGGAAGAAGAUAUGAAACAUUUUGGUAAACUUGCAAGUCUUAAUUCCAAGACAGAAUUAUCUGAAAUUGAAAAGAAAGAAGUUGGUGCAAUGAAAUUAAUUUUGAAAGUUAAAAAUGGAUCUCCUAUUGUUCGUAAACGUGCUAUGAAGAAAUUAUCAAGUAGUGUAAAUAACCUUGGUCCUAAAUUAUUACUUAACCAAAUUCUUCCAGUGUUAAUGGAACCAAAUCUAGAUCCUCAGGAAAGACAUUUAUUAGUCAGAUUAGUUGGAAGAAUCAUUUAUCAACUGAAUGAUUUGAUUCGUCCAUAUACACAUCAAGUCUUGUCUGUUAUAUCACCAUUUUUAAUUGAUGAAGAUCCAACAAUAAGAUUAGAAACUAAAGAAAUCAUAUCAAGUUUGACUAAAGCUGCAGGUUUAGCAAAUAUUAUUUCUACAUUAAGACCCGAUUUAGAUCAUGUGGAUGAAUAUGUUCGAAAUUUAACAGCAAGAAUUUUUGCUAUAGUUGCAAACACAUUAGGUUUGAAAUCAUUUAUACCAUUUUUGAAAGCAGUAAUUAAAUCAAAGAAAAAUUGGACAGCUAGACAUACUGGAAUUAAAAUAAUUCAACAAUUAUGUAUCAUGUUGGGAGAAGGGAAUGGCUCUACUAUACUACCUUAUCUUUCUACAUUAGUUGAAACAUUAAUUCCACCUAUUAAUGACGAAGCAACUCAAGUUAGAACCAUCACUGCUUUAACAUUAGCUCAAUUAGCAGAAAAUGUGUCACCAUAUGGUAUUGACUCCUUUGAACCAGUUUUGGAACCAAUUUGGUUUGGUAUUAGAAAACAAAGAGGUAAAGGAUUGGCUAGUUUUUUGAAAUGUAUUGGUUCUAUUAUUCCAUUGAUGUGUUAUGAUCCAAAUUAUGAAGAAUAUACUAAUUAUUAUACUACUGAGGUUACAAAUAUUAUUGUUCGAGAAUUUGAAUCUCGAGAUGAAGAUAUGAGGAAAACAAUUCUUAAUAUCAUACCUCGAUUACCAUUAUCAAGGAAACUUAUACCUGGUUACGAAACCAAAGUUAUAGUUCCAUUCUUGAAAGCAUUUUGGAAUAGACGUACUGCUACUGAUUCAACAAGAAUUACAAAAUUAGUAAUUGAAGCAACAAAUCAUUUGGCAAUUAAGUUUGAUUUUUUGGAAAUGUUGGAACAUAUUGUUUAUUUCAGUAAGGAUAACAAUGAAGAAUUGAGACGAUUGGCUAUUGAAGCUAUCAAUAAAUUAAUCAGUAACAAUAAGGAUGAAUUGAUUGGUAUGGAUUCUCAAUUAGAUAGAAAAUUAGUUGAUGGUGUAUUGUAUGCGUUCCAGAAUCAAACCAUGCAAAAUAAGAUUUAUUUGACAUGUUUUGGAACAAUGGCAAAUGCAUUAAACAUUAGAUUAAAACCACAUUUGAAUUCAAUUUUAAGUACAAUUUUAUACCGAAUGAAGAAUAAGUUGGAAUAUAUUAGAGAACAAGCAGCUGAUUUAAUUACUAUUAUGGCUCCAUAUAUCAAACAAUGUUCUGAAGAUGAGGAUGAAUUAUUAAUUAAAUUGAUUUUAAUUUUAUAUGAAUCAUUAGGAGAAGUUUAUCCUGAAGUUUUAGGAUCAAUUAUCAAUGCAUUAUAUGGAUGUCUUGAUGCUAUAGAUCGUGUUACAUUAUAUACAAUGACUAAUCCAUCAAUCAAUCAAAUUUUACCAACUUUGACUCCUAUUUUAAAAAAUCGACAUGAAAAAGUUCAAGAAGCAUGUAUUAAUUUAGUUGGAUUAAUAGCUAGAAAGAAUGCUGAAACGAUAAAUGCUAGAGAAUGGAUGAGAAUUUGUUUUGAUUUAUUAGAAAUGUUGAAAGCACAACGUAAAAGAAUAAGAGUAGCUGCUAAUCGUACAUUUGGAUAUAUUUCUCAAACUAUUGGACCACAAGAUGUUAUAGUUAUGCUUUUAAGUAAUUUAAGAGUACAAGAACGUCAAUUAAGAGUUUGUACUGCUGUUGCUAUGGGUAUUGUUGCUGAAACAUGUUUACCAUUUACUGUAUUACCAGCAAUUAUGAAUGAAUAUAGAACACCUGAAAAAAAUGUUCAAAAUGGUGUUUUAAAAGCAAUGAGUUUUAUGUUUGAAUAUUUGGAUGGUAAAAUUACUAAAGAUUAUUUAUUUGCAAUCACACCAUUACUUGAAGAUGCAUUAACUGAUAGAGAUUUAGUUCAUAGACAAACAGCAGCAACAGUUGUUUUCCAUAUUGCUUUGAAUUGUAUUGGAUUAACAAAUAAUGAUUAUACUGAUGUAUUUAUUCAUUUUUUGAAUUUAAUCAUGCCAAAUAUUUUUGAAACUUCUCCACAUGUUAUUACUAGAAUUCUUGAAAGUAUUGAAAGUUUAAGAUUAGUUAUUGGAAAUGGAAUUUUCACCAAUUAUAUGUGGUCAGGUUUAUUUCAUCCUGCUAGAAAAGUAAGAACACCAUAUUGGAAGAUUUAUAAUAGUGCUUAUGUUCAAUGCAGUGAUGCAUUAGUCCCAUAUUAUCCAAGAAUAGAAGAAUUACCAAAUGAUGAUGAUACAGAACAAGAUUUAAGUUAUAAGUUAGAAGAAUUAGAUUUAUAUUUAUAG